GUGGCUGAGCAAUGUGCACUGCCCUGAGCCCCAAGGCACGAGGGCCUGGCCUGUCGGACAUGCACCAGUACAGCCAGUGGCUGGCGAGCAGRCACGAGGCCAACCUGCUGCCCAUGAAAGAGGACCUGGCCCUGUGGCUCACAAACCUGCUGGGUAGAGAAAUAACAGCAGAAACCUUCAUGGAGAAAUUGGAUAACGGCGCUUUGCUUUGCCGCUUGGCUGAGACCCUGCAGGAGAAAUUCAAAGAAAACAGCUUUGAUGCAAACAAACCUGGCAAAAGCUUACCAGUUCGGAAAAUUCCAUGCAAAGCCAAUGCUCCUUCAGGGUCCUUUUUUGCACGGGACAACACAGCRAAUUUCUUAUCCUGGUGCAGAGAUGUGGGCGUGGAUGACACCUGCCUGUUYGAAUCAGAAGGUUUGGGUAUGUAKUUCUUUUAUGAAACAAAAAAUCCAGCAAAGGAUUUGGAAGCAAUGAAUUUUCUGCAUCUCCUCCAUGGUAAAGUCCACCCAGCAGGAAAAGGGUUUGCCACCAAGUUACUCCACAAGCAGCCAAGAGAAGUGUGCCUUUGUUUGCUGGAGCUUGGAAGAAUUGCAGCAAGGUUUGGGGUGGAGCCUCCUGGAUUAAUCAAAUUGGAAAAAGAGAUUGAACAAGAGGAAACACUUUCAGCUCCCCUUCCAUCUCCUUCGCCAUCACCCACAAAAUCUCCUGGAAAAAAGAGCACAGGGAAACUGUUGGAUGAUGCUGUUAAACACAUUUCUGAAGAUCCACCUUGUAAAUGCCCCACCAAGUUCUGUGUGGAGCGUCUUUCACAGGGAAGAUACAGAGUUGGAGAGAAGAUCCUUUUUAUCAGGAUGCUGCACAACAAACACGUGAUGGUUCGUGUCGGGGGAGGCUGGGAGACUUUUGCAGGAUAUUUGCUGAAGCACGACCCGUGCCGAAUGCUGCAGAUCUCCCGAGUAGAUGGCAAAACCUCUCCAAUCCAGAGCAAAUCUCCAAACCUCAGGGACAUGAAUCCAGACAAUUACCUGGUUGUUUCUGCCCAUUACAAAACCAAGAAGGAGAUUAAGUGAAAAAAACUUCUCAUGUGAGCGGGACUUUAUGUCUGUAGGUCCAAAUUAUUUUUCCCAAGUGUAGCGAAUUUAGUUAAUGCUUUGAAAGGACUUUGGAAGAUUUCAAACAGACUGGAAGUGACACCCCAUUUUGAAGAUCUUUGAAUUGUAGAACUAUUUAUUUCUAGUACUGUAUCUUUUAUAGCAAAUUACCCUCGAUAGGCUAAUUACUACAAUCAGAUAAUAAAUAGACUUAUAUUUUUAGCCAAAUUAUUACUCUUUAAUACGUGAAUGUAUACUUAGAGCUACAUAAAGGAGCCRAUCCUGUUAAUGGAAGAAAAUACACAAUAAAAUAUAUUUGUAUGAAAAUCUUGUUACUUUGAAUCCCUGACUGUUAGGCUAGGAAAUAUAUAUAUGCAGGUGGGAAAAUGAGUAUUUGUGGAAAUUA